AUGGGCGACGAAAGCCACCCGAAAACUCUCUACGUCGGUAAUUUAGACGCGAGUGUGACAGAAGAUUUCCUAUGCGCGUUGUUCGGACAGAUAGGAGAAGUUAAAGGCUGCAAAAUAAUUCGUGAGCCAGGCAAUGAUCCAUAUGCCUUCCUUGAGUUUACAAAUCACUCGGCGGCGGCUACGGCCCUGGCCGCCAUGAACAAGCGAGUAUUUCUUGAAAAGGAAAUGAAGGUUAACUGGGCUACGAGUCCUGGUAAUCAGCCCAAGACGGACACGAGCAACCAUCAUCACAUAUUCGUCGGAGAUUUAUCGCCAGAAAUCGAGACUCACAUAUUACGCGAAGCGUUUGCACCGUUUGGCGAAAUUUCGAACUGUCGAAUAGUACGUGACCCACAAACGCUCAAAUCUAAGGGAUAUGCCUUCGUUUCGUUUGUAAAGAAAGCCGAUGCUGAAGCGGCUAUCCAGGCUAUGAACGGCCAAUGGCUGGGUUCACGAUCUAUACGUACUAAUUGGUCUACACGUAAACCACCAACUAAAGGUCCUAAUGAAGGAGCACCGAGUAGCAAACGAGCUAAACAACCAACAUUUGACGAGGUGUACAAUCAAAGCUCACCGACAAACACAACUGUAUAUUGUGGAGGUUUUACUAGUAAUGUAAUUACUGAGGACUUAAUGCAGAGUACAUUUUCACAAUUUGGUCAGAUACAAGACAUAAGAGUGUUCAGGGACAAGGGAUAUGCUUUUAUUAGGUUCACAACUAAGGAAGCGGCAGCACAUGCUAUAGAAGCAACACAUAAUACGGAAAUUAGUGGGCAUACAGUGAAAUGUUUCUGGGGUAAAGAGAAUGGGGGGACAGAAAACCAGAGUACAAGCAACCCUCCAGCUGCACCGGCACCCAUGGGAGCACAAACGCAGUAUCCUUAUGCAUACCAACAAGGAAUGGGCUAUUGGUAUGCUCAGGGCUACCCCGCGCUGCAAGGGUACAUGGCGCCGGGCUACUACCAACAGUACACAGCCACGUACAGCUCCCCGCAGGCCGCAGCGGCAGCCGGCUACCGUAUGAGCAUGCCGGGUGGUGGCGCGGGCGGUUCGUGGGGCGGCGCGCCGCAGCCGCUCAUGUACGCGUCGGCCAUGCCCUCCGCGCAGUACCCAUCGCAG